AUGGCGACUUUUCGGCCGCCCUCUUCAUCUUCACACUACCCUUCUAAAUUCCUUUAUUUACAAUCAUGUCCUUCUCUCUUCUUUCUCCUCCUCUCUCUGACCUCUGCAACUUCACUCACCGUUUCAUCCUUAGUGAAUCCUAACUCCUUCAAAACCCCACGAAUCCCUUACUCCGAUCACUGCAACCACAUAGUUCCGGAGUCUCCGAUCGAUCCUUCCCCCUCCGCCGCUUUUAGCCGCGCGUCGCUUGCAUUCGAUGUCAGCUUCUUCUCCGGCGGCGACUUCUUCUUCAAUCGGAAUCAACCACGGAAUGGUGACACUAAAUCGGCUAGGUUUAGGCCUAAAUCCGUCCGCAAAACUCUGGGCGAUGGUAAAAUCUACAAGGUCGAAGCCAGAUUGACUUUGCAAAUCUCCAGAACCUCCGCUUCGUCCUCUAAUUUCGCCGGCGAUUUUGGCCAACGAAAGAUUCAGGUAACGCAGAUCGACGGACGGGGGAUUCCGAUGAGUUCCUGGGGAGGACCCAGUUUCGAUUUUUCUGGGUUUUGGUCGGAAUCUACAGGACAAGUCUGUAUGGUAGGAUCAACCCAAGUUUUCUCUGGGGAAGGUAUCGAUUUGAAGUCCUUUGAUGCUCGUCUCUUGCUUAACUAUUCCAAGGACUCUAAUAUCUAUGGAAGUUUGGUUAAGGGAGUGUUAGAGACUGUGAACAGCCAGAGUAAUUUCGAGAGGAUCUCGAUUCUUGCUGCAAGAAACACUCCUUUAAACUAUGAGUACAAGUUGUUAGAGGAGUCGAAAUCGGGUUGCGGGAGAAACAGUGAAGAGAGUUUGUCGUUAGAGAGUGUUUUGGGAGGAAUGUGUAAGGUGUUUGAAGGUAGAAGUCAUAUGUUUGGUUUGAGGUAUGCAACUGAUUGUGGGGUUAAGAUUAACCAUAGUUGUAGUCCUUUGGGAAGUGAGAUAGAGUACACACCUGGUUUCAUGUCUCUGUUAUCGUUUCUGUGUGAUGGUGAGAAGAUGCGAUUGCUUUUGUCAUUUAGUAACACAAGCGGUUUUAGCAGGUUGUUUCCUUUUGAUCCGAGCACCAGUUUGGUUGCUGAGGGAGCUUGGGAUGUAGAGAAGAAUAGGUUCUGUGGUGUUGCGUGCAGGAUCUUGGAUUUCUCGGAUUCUUUGAGUAAUGCUGUGGUUGGUGAUUGUUCGAUGAGGUUAAGUUUGAGAUUUCCUGCUGUCUUGUCGAUUAAAAGCAUGGCUCCGGUCGUUGGGCAGCUUUGGAGUGCUAAAACAGAGAGUGAUCCUAGCUACUUAAUCGAGUUCUCGAGCCUAAACGAUCCCUUGUGGCGUUUCUCGGGUCUGAGGUAUGAGUACACAGAAAGCGAGAGAUUGAACAAGCUAUGCGGCACUAGAAAGAGUCAUCCAAAAAGCAAAGGAAAUCAUUACCCUGAUGCUCAAACUUCAGACAUGAGAUUUGUCAUGUCAGUGAAAUUUUCUGGAGAAGGUAAUGUGUUGAGAUCUGCCCGUGCAAGCCCUUACUUCGUGGGAGAUGGAUUGUAUCGUGAUCUUUUGGUUCGUGGGCAAGGGGCUGGGGUAGCUGGAAUCCCUAUGAAUGUUAACGGUGUCACCAAAAGCUUCACAAAUAUCACUUACAGAAUCCGUUUCUUGAAUCCUGUAUCUGAGUCUCGUGGAGAUAUCUAUGCAGAGGGAACAUAUGAUAGGGAUACAGGUGAGCUAUGUAUGGUUGGAUGUCAAACACUUGGGAUAAAGAGCACAGUGGCAAUGGGAAAGGAGACUGUGGAUUGCAGUCUUGCAAUCAAGAUCAAGUUUUCUCCAAUUGAUUCGAGAAGCGAUGAGCGGCUAAAAGGAACCAUCGAAAGCACACGGGAAAAGACAGAUCCGCUUUAUGUUGCACGUAUGGAGGUUUUGUCGAGGUCGAUUUACGUUCAUCAAGCCAAAGAAUCUGUUUGGAGAAUGGAUUUGGAGGUUGGUAUGGUUUUAAUAUCCAAUACACUUUCGUGUCUCUUCGUAGGGAUGCAGCUCUACCAUGUGAAGAAACACCAAGAAGCACUUCCUUUCAUCUCCAUUACAAUGCUGAUGCUUCUCACACUAGGCCACAUGAUUCCUCUGCUGUUAAACUUUGAAGAACUCUUCAAAAGCAGCCAUAACCAGGAGAGCUUGUUCUUCGAGAACGACAGAUGGCUUGAAGCCAAGGAGAUUGUGGUGCGGAUAGUGACAAUGAUAGCUUUCUUGCUCGAGUGCCGUCUUCUCCAGCUAGCUUGGACUGCUAGAAAAACCGAAGAGCAUCAUCUCCGUGAAGGCGUGUGGAAUGCAGAGAAGAACGUUUCUUAUGUGUGUUUACCUCUUUACAUCACCGGUGGAUUGAUUGCUUGGUUAGUGAACCGUAAUAGAGCUCCUAAAAGAGUUGUAUACAUAGGGAAGCCGCGCGCACGGAGUCUCUUGUACCGUCCUGUGACCCUGAAACGCUCGUUUCAACGUCCUUCUCUGUGGAAAGAUCUGAAGUCUUAUGGAGGUUUGAUGCUUGACGCUUUCCUUCUUCCUCAAAUACUCUUCAACGGAUUCAGCAACUCGGAGUCUAAGCCUCUUGCUGCUUCGUUUUACGGUGGAAACAGCAUUGUUCGAUUGCUCCCUCAUGCUUAUGAUCUGUACAGAAGUCACAGCUACGGGAAGAUUCUUGAUUGGUCAUUCAUUUAUGCGAACCACAAAAUGGAUUAUUACUCCACGGCAUGGGACAUCAUUAUCCUCUGCAUCGGUUUCCUCUUGGCUUUUCUGGUUUUCUUGCAGCAGAGAUUCGGUGGUCGUUGUUUCAUUCCCAAGAGAUUCAGAGAGAAUGUGGGAUAUGAGAAAGUUGUAGAGCUACAGCAAGCUGGUCAGCUACACAGUUCCAAUGAUUCUUGA